AUGGCUUCGAAGCACCCUGCCGUUCUGAACCCGACGCCCGAGGACAUUAGCCUCCUUCUGGCCGCCCAGACUCACAUCGGUACCAAGAACUGUGAGAAGGCCAUGCUGCCGUACGUGCACAAGCGCCGUGCCGACGGUAUCCACCUGAUCAACCUCGGCAAGACCUGGGAGAAGCUCGUACUCGCUGCCCGUGUCCUUGCUGCGAUUGAGAACCCGGCCGACAUCUGUGUGAUCUCGAGCCGCACCUACGGCCACCGUGCCGUGCUCAAGUUCGCCGCCAACACGGGCGCUACCGCCAUUGCUGGUCGCUUCACCCCUGGUUCGUUCACCAACUACAUCACCCGCUCGUUCAAGGAGCCGCGUGUGAUCGUGGUGACGGACCCGCGUGUGGACCACCAGGCCAUCCGUGAGUCGGCCUACGUGAACAUCCCCGUGAUUGCGCUCUGCGACACUGACGCUCCUCUGCGCCACGUCGACAUUGCCAUCCCGGGUAACAACAAGAGCCGUCACUCGAUCGGUCUCCUCUGGUGGCUCCUCUGCCGUGAGUUCCUGCGUCUCCGUGGCAUCGUCCCGCGCACUCCGAACGGCUGGAACGUCAUGGUCGACAUGUUCUUCUACCGCGACCCUGAGGAGAUUGAGCGUGAGCAGGCCGAGGCUGCUGCUGCCAAGCACGCUGCCAACGUCCACCACGCCAACGCUCUGCACAUCGAGGAGCCUGACUUUGCUAUCGAGGGCGCCGGUGCCGGUGGCGUGAACCCGUCGGUCGCUGCCAACCUCGCUGCUGGUAGCGAGCAGGUCGACUGGAGCGCUGACGCUGCGCAGGACUGGGCUGCCGACACUGGCGCUGCCCAGGCCACCUCGAGCUGGGACUAA